AUCUCGAUCACGGAAAGGGAGAGAGAUCGAGAGAUGGCAAAGAGGAGAGAUGAAGAGGAGCUGAAUGUGGCGAGGAGGGGAUUCAAGGACGCGGCCAGGGAGGGGAACCACGAGGAGGAGGCUCGAUGGGCCAACGUGCUGGGGGACAUCUACAAGCAGCGCGGAGAGUACGUGGAAGCCCUCAAAUGGCUUCGGAUUGACUAUGAGGUCUCUGUGAAGCAUCUUCCCUGUAAGCAGCUCCUGCCCACUUGUCAAUCCCUUGGAGAGGUCUACCUUCGUCUGGAUCAAUUCAAAGAUGCACUCAUUUACCAGAAGAAGCACUUAGAGCUUGCAAAGGAUUCUGAUGACCUUGUUGAGCAACAAAGGGCCAGCACACAGCUUGGUCGGACAUACCAUGAAAUGUUUCUACUCUCUGAAAAUGAUCAUCAUGCCAUUAGGAACGCAAAGAAAUAUUUUAAGUCUGCUAUGAAACUUGUGGACAAGCUUAGGGAGAAUGAGUCGUGUAAAAGAUCUACUGUUUUUCUCAAGGAAUUUAUCGAUGCUCAUAACAACAUUGGUUUGCUUGAACUAGACCUUGAUAAUUUGGAGGAAGCCGAAAAAUUUCUUCUUCAAGGUUUAAAAAUCUGUGAUGAAGAAGAAAUACCUGAGAAUGAUGAUGCUCGGAGCAGGCUUCAUCAUAAUCUUGGAAAACUCUACCUGGAACUUCGUGACUGGGGAAAAGCUAGAGUCCAUAUUGAGAAAGACAUUGUAAUUUGUAAGAGAAUAGGUCAUCCGUUAGGUGAAUCAAAAGGGUUUAUUAAUCUGGGAGAAUUACAUUACAGAAUUCAGAAAUAUGGUGAGGCAAUUCGUUGCUACCAGAAGGCUCUUGAUAUUGCAAAAUUGAUGGAGGAUGAGGAUGCGUUGGUUAGUCAGAUCAACCAGAAUAUAAAGAUUGUUAAAGAAGCUGCUCAAGUGUUGGAGGAGUUAGAAAGAGAUGAGCAGGAACUUAAAAAACUGAUGAGGUCCACCUGUCGUGCACGGGGUACAUCAAAUGAGAGAAAAUGCCUGCUCGAACAGAAAGCUUGCCUGGACAGCCUCAUUGAUAAAUCAAGCACAAUAUCUGUAUGGCCGAAACAUCGAGAGUUUGCCAAAAGGAUCAAGAAAGUAGCCACUGAACUUUGUGACAAGGAAAAGUUAAGUGAUUCUUAUCUGGCAAUUGGAGAAUCAUACCAAAAGCUCAGAAACUUUAGCAAGGCUCGCAAGUGGUAUAUGAAAAGUUGGAACAUAUACAAGUCAAUUGGAAACCUUGAGGGACAAGCAUUAGCGAAGAUUAAUAUCGGUGAGGUUCUAGACUCUUCUGGUGACUGGGUUGGUGCACUGGAGGCAUUUGAGGAUGGUUACAGGCUUGCAAUUGAAGGUAAACUUCUGCCAGUUCAGUUGUCAGCUCUUGAAAACAUGCAUUACAGCCAUAUGAUUAGAUUUGACAAUCUUGAAGAAGCCAGGAAAUUGCAGCGUGACAUUCAGAAGUUAAGGCAGUUACUAAAAGAUACUGAUGCUUUAAGGAAUCGGGGAAGUGAUUACUGCUCUGAAACUGACACUGAAGGUGGUGAAUAUUCAAUUUAUUCCUCUGAUAGUUGUGGCUCACCAGACAGGCAUAAAGCUUCUGCAAGUAAAAUACAUUUGCCAAACCAUGUUGAAGAAAUUGAUGAGAAUGCUCCCUUGGUUUCACUUUUGCAUGGCAGAAAGAAAAAUUCUUUCAAUGCCAAAAUGCCUCAGAAGACCAAUAAUUCUUGUAUGCCUGAGUCCUCUAUCAGACAUACAAGCAAGUCUGAUGAUAAUCAGCAAGCAAGCGGUCGUAAGCGUCCGCGUAUCAUUGUUUCUGAUGAUGAAAGUGAUGAGCCUAUUGAAUCAGAUAGAUCUAAAAGGAGGGCUUAUGAGAGCCAUGUCGGGAACAUUGUUGCUUCUGACAUUGAUAUCAAGCUUGAAGAAACCACUGCAACCAAUGCAGUUCAGGAUCUUGCACAUCACAAUGCUGCUUCUAAGGACGUGCUCAGUUCAAGCAUGCCUGUCCAAAUCGAAGAAAGUGUUUGUUCCUUCAAAUCCAAGAAAUCUAAUUCCACCGCUGAUAAUGAUGCAGUUUUACCCAACUCAAACAGAUCUGCCGCUAGUGGAUUAAAAUCAGAUGGUAAUUGUGCUUUUGGCGACUUUCUGGCAAACCAAAAGUAUGCUGGUUUCAACUUACCAGAACAUGAGAAUGAUCAAUUUGUUGCAUUUAAGAUAGGUGAUGAAACAAUUCAACUUGAUGUAAGCUCUUUCAUAGAUGGUGACGCUUUAGACGUUGAAUCACUUAAAGUUGAAAUUGCUUGUGUAUACUUCCUUCAGCCCUCAGAGGAGAAGAGAUCAAAAGGCUUGUUGCCAGUGAUUGGACAGUUGAAGUGCUGUGGGAAAGCUUUAUGUUCCGCGGACCCAAUUGCAGAUUUGAGGCAUUUUUUAUAUGAAAAGAAUGUCGGGAUUGACGUCAUUAUUACUGGAUGGGUCCCAAAACGAUUGAUGAAGUUGUACGCUGAUAAUUGUCAGGAAAUGUCUGAGGUACCCAAUAUGAAGUUGCUGAAGAAAUUAUACAACCUCGAAGUUUCAGAGGACGAAAUCUUAAUAUCUGACUGUGCGUUGCAAGACCUAUCUAUAUCACCUUUUCUGACUGCUCUUCAGGUGCACAGAACGGUUGCAGUAUUAGACCUUUCUCAUAAUCUUUUAGGAAAUGAAACCAUGGAGAGACUUCAGCAGAUAUUUGCUCUAUCAAGCCAAAAGUAUGGCAGUCUAAUCCUAGAUUUGCACUGCAAUAGGUUUGGCCCAACUGCUUUAUUCCAGAUUUGCGAAUGCCCCGUCAUUGUUGCUCGACUGGAAGUGCUCAAUCUAUCUCAAAACCGACUUACAGAUGCAUGCAGUUCUUACCUCUGUGCUAUACUGGAAAACUGCAAAGCACUUUAUAAUUUAAACAUAGAGGCAUGUUCAAUCACAUCUAGAACUAUUCAGAAGAUAGCCGAUACAUUGCAUGAAGGGUUGGUCCUAUCACAUCUCUCAAUAGGAAAAAAUUAUCCCAUCUCUGGAAAUGCAAUGGCUAAUCUUUUAGUGAAACUGGCAUCCUUGAAAAGAUUUUCGGAACUAAGUCUUGCCGGUAUCAAACUAAACAAGGCUAUGGUUGAUGGCCUUUGUGAACUGGCUAGAUCAUCAAGUAUGUCGUCAUUGUCACUUGGAGGAACACAAAUUGGAGUUGAAGGAGCAAUAAAACUAACAGGAGCAUUAUCUAGCAGACCUCAAGAGUUGGUGAAGUUAGAUCUAUCAUGUUGUGGACUGACAUCUCCCGGUAUAACUCAGAUAUGCGCAAACAUAGCUUCGAUUGGCAGUGUCACUGAACUGAACCUUAAUGGGAGCUCAAUAGGCAGCGAGUGUUGUGAUGCACUGGCAGCAAUACUGAUGGAUCAGCAAUGUAGUCUAAAAUGUCUGGCCUUAAACAAAUGUAAUCUAGGACUUGCAGGAGUAGUACAAAUAAUUCAAGUUCUCUCAGGAAAUGAUUCACUUGAAGAACUCCAUUUGGCUGACAAUGCUGCUGUACCAUCAGAAAGAAUUAUACAAUUUGAUUUAACACCAACACGCCCAAAAUCAAAUGCUGCAGCUCCAGAGCCAGAAUGCAAAAUGAAUACAGAAGCUGAGGCGCUGGAAGUGGCUGAUAGUGAAGAUGAAGACAUGAAAAGACCUGCAUUUUCUGGGCAAGAUGGUAGUUGUGCUAGUUCUUGUCAAAAGAACUCAUUUACAUGCUGCCAACUUAUCCAAGACCUAUCUUCUGCAAUCUGUUUGGCCACUCAACUGCAGUCACUUGACCUCAGUAAAAACCGGUUUUCCGGUGAAGUUAUCGACGCAUUAUAUACUUCUUGGUCGAGUUCCCGGGCAGGUUUACAAUCUCAAAAACAUAUUGUUGCUAAAGAUCACAUCGUCCAUUUCUUCACAGAGGGAAAGAAGUGCUGUGGAAUUAAGCCAUGCUGCAAGAGAGAUUAAUUAAUAGAUGACAUUGUGACAGGUAUAUUCUUCGGUAAUAAUAUAAUUCUCUUCUCAUUUGGUGUUUAUGUAUCACAUGCAAGGCAAACAUCCUGCUAUCUGUGCAUGAGGAGGAGCACACGCGUGGUUGGCUUCACUGUCUCUUGAUAUAUUAUUAUUAUUAUUAUUUAAUCUUUUUUCUUAUCAACUU